GGCCACGACUAUGAUUUCACUUGGCUUGAUGAAUCUUCCCAAACACAACAAAUCGCCAAAGGUCACGGGAUGUCGCAAACUGUUAAGAGAAGUGAAUGCAACAGACCAACAAAUCGCAAAUGCACUCUGCUCUAUCCUCUUACUGGAAGAUUGUACUCCACGACAAGUUUUUAAUGAAUUCCUUUUGGCUAGAACUAAUGCCGUUCAGCAAUUGUUCCAUGUUUCCCAGCAAGGUAUUGGUAUCAAACAACAAAUAUGCCUUGUGGUUCAGCUAAUUGUAAAGACAGUGCACCAGAUAUAUACAGUCUUCUACACUUCAGACAGUGAGGUUCCAGCUUCUGGUGAAGAAUCUUUCAAAUUAUACAGCAUUUUGGAACAUGUAACUAAAACUACACCGAAAAGUAUAGGACUUUUAGAUCAAAUAGGCUCAAUCUCUGCUAAUUAUCUUCCUAACUCUGUGAUAGAUUUCCAUCCAACUCUGCGUGCAACAGUCACUGCAAUCUCUGUGCAACACUUACAGGAAAACUGUCAGCAGUGGAUUGAAUCGUGCAUGCAAAGUGUGAAGGCAGGUGUUACUAAAUUACUGAGUUUUGUCAAUACAGUGAAAAGGUUGGCGGAUAUUCGCGCGGCUGUAUGGGAUCUCCUCUUACAGGAAACAAAUUUUCCCAAGUGGCAGAUGGUAUGUGAGAAGAUAUUUAUCAACGGCCAGGUGAUGUCUGUUUGGUCAGUAUUUUUGCAGCCCCAGUUUGUUGACAGAAUAAAAAGCUUGAUUCAAUACCAGCUGGAUUCUACGGCUGAACUAACUAAGCGUCAUCUUUCCAAAGUUGUCAUGGAACUAGCCAGCCCAGAUGAAAGGUCAAUGUUUGCUGAAGUGGAUCUAGCAAAAUUUAUUUGGAUUGAAUCUCCUGCAGACAUUCCACCAAAUACAGCCUGGAUUCCCGCUAGUCAGAAAACCCUCAGCUCUGGUGGUGGCCUUCUUAUGAAAGCCUGUACAUACACUCCAACUAUACAAAGCCUAUGCAAAACAUUUAACGACAAGUUGAAGACCAUGCUGGAAGAUGUUACACCGUACCUGAAUGCAGAAGGGGAAACAUCUAACUCGCAGCCAAGCCCCUUUGACCAGUUAGCUGACAGUCCAGAAAUAAAGGGGUUUGUCAAGAAAUCUACAGAGAACUGUAUAAUUCAGGUCCUGGAGUAUAUCAGUGGACAAAUGCAGCUAUGGAAGAAGUCUCUUGAAGAAAUACAAGACAAAAUCACUAAUGAAAUCACCAUUAACAAAGUGAUAUUGGUCGGACGCUUCUGCUACGCCUUAACUGACCUUUGCCCUCAUUUGUACAACUGCAUCACAGCUGUUGAAAACUCAGAGAAAGAAAUAAAGUUACACACAUUGAAAAGUAAAGCUACACCAGUUGACAGUGCCUGGGAAAAUAUCCAGUCCAUGUUAUCAGAACGUCACCUGGAUUCCUGCCAAAUUUGGGUAACCUACACUUCUUCUUCGCGAAUACAACAAUUCCGUGAUGCUCUCUGCACUCAAACAGCAUCUGACAUUAUAUCUACUAUAACGAAAUGGGAUGAAGUAGAUAUUGAGGAAGAAACAGAGGCUGGUGAGAAAAUCAAAUCAACAAUCCGAGUUCCAAUGCAGGCAUCACCAUUUGUACAGAAUCUACUCUAUGCAACAUGCCUGGAGAUUAACCGAGUGUUUGGUCAUGUGAUGAAAAGACAAGUUCUACAGGAUAUGGUUACACUAAUAUUUGAUGGAGUUCUUGACUGCUAUGAACAUCUCUUGAAGAACACACAUACCAAACAUUUGCCACUUACUCCUGACACGUUGGCUCUUAAUCAACAGAGGGCCCUUCAGCUUCUGUUUGACCUCAAGUUCAUUGCUUUAAUUAUUCCACCUAAAGGAGACAAAACUGUGAACGUGAAGAAUCGGAUCAAGAAAAUAAUGGAUCAACUCGAAGAAUACAUUGAUCCUUUUGAUCUUGACGUAUUUACUCCGUAUGUACAGUCUCAUUUACAGAAGACCUCACAGAGAACUAUGGUCUUGUAUGGUGCUCUGACAACAGCUUCAAAACAAGAUCUAAUGCUCUCUAGUCGCCAGUAUACGUCGGGUGGUCACCAAGAGCAACACAACAUCCUGCCUUUGGUCACAUGUCAGCACAGAUUCCCUCUGUUACCUCUAAGUACAACACAUUCAAACAGGACUAUUUUACCUCAACCUCUACUGCAAUCACUACCAAGGGUAAGUGUAAGAAAAUUACAUCAUGAAUUGAACAUGUGUGUGCAUGUGUGUAUGUGUGCACAUUAUGAUAUAGAGGUCGAUAUAUGGCCUUUGUCAUUUAUCAGUUAGUCUGAUGUUAGCUGA